GCCGAGUUCCCCCCUCGGCACCACACCCGUCGUCGCGCCUUAGUUGCCCCGCAGCUGCCGCGCGCGUCCGUCGCAUACUCUAUGCGACCUCGCUAUCCUUCUACCGUAAUAUGGAUAUACUGCAAAUCCGCGUUCUUAUCAACACCCAGUUCGCUUAUUUGUGGUUCUGCGAAGUCUUUGACAAAUAUAAAUGGAUUAUAUUGUAAAGUGUCACAGGAAACUAAGAGUUUUUUAAGAUAAGAGUGUGUUUGAACGGUGCAAAUGUGAAUUUAUAUUUAUACAAGUGUAGUGAAGUAUUAACUUAUUUAUUAUUUAACAUAUCCAGAUAUAUGAGGACCCAAACAUGGAACGUUACAAACCCGAUGCGUUACGAUGGCGUGCUUCCUACAACAGUGAUUUAAAUUUAAACUAGUGCAUAGUGGUCCUAAAGUCUGAUCUGUUAGACUGCAUUAAAUUAUUUAUUAGUUAGUGUUUAUAUCGUGUGGAUUAUGCUGAUCAAUACGUUUUUGGACACGGAGGAUUUCGUGCAUUUGUAUUACCCCGAGGAUGAGCCAGCGGCCGUGCAAGGCUGUGGGGCCGGCGCGCGCAUGGCGUCCAAAUACCCGCCGAGACCACCCUCGCCAGAAUACUCACAGGUGGUAGUGCCAUCAACAAGCGAGAUGGGUGAUCGAGAGCGGUACCGUGCGCCUCCUCAGCCAGAGCCGCCACCACACAGGGUGCGAGCUGCCGAUUUGUAUCCUCGCCUACGGACACAUUACGAUGAACCUGGCCUAGAUGCAGGGUUCACACCCAUAUGUGGAGAAUUUGUACAGUGGGUGGGCCGAACAACAGACGGCGGAACUAUCGCAAUGUCCAACUACCGUCUCCACGUCCAGCCUCGACGGAGGAACGACCCUGGUGCGUCCAUACCACUACGUCUCAUUGACGUUCCGGAGAUACGAGAUUUGUUGCACUUGAUUGUGCUUUGCAAAAACGGAAGACAACUUAAAUGCACAUUCACCACAGGGGAUCAAUGCAUAGAAUGGUGGAGGCGGCUAACAACCGCGCUUGCCCCUAUAGGAUCCGUUCAGGAGACAUUCGCCGCGGCUUACGCGGCGUGGGCCAAAGAACAGCCGCCCACGUCAGUGCACAGAGCACUAAUGAGGGCUUCACAGUCUCCACAAAGACAUUGGUUUGGUCCUGAGGUGGAGCGAUUAGGCUUCACUGCUAAGGGCGCGUGGCGGGUGACGGCAGCUAACGCGGAGUACAAGCUGUGCUCCUCAUACCCACCUCUUCUUGUAGUGCCAGCGUCCGUCUGUGAUGAAGACCUAGAUUCCGUAGCUCGGUUUCGCGCCAUGCGUCGUAUCCCGGCAGUGGUGUGGAGACAUCGGGGCAAUGGUGCUGUGAUCGCUCGGUCGUCGCAGCCUGAGGUGGGCUGGCUGGGCUGGCGCUCCAGCGAGGACGAAAGGCUAUUAGCUGCCUUCGUCAGCGCCUGCAACGCUGACCGGGGCAUGCAGCCGCCUAAUAACAAUAAGCAACUAAAACUCUUGAUCGUGGACGCGCGUUCAUACGCGUCUGCGGUAACCAACCGCGCGCGAGGCGGCGGGUGUGAGUGCCAACAGUACUAUCCGGCCGCAGACAUACAGUUCAUGUGUCUGCCCAACAUACAUCAUGUAAGGCGGAGCUUCCAGCAGAUGAGGACUUUGGCAGCCGAACCCAGUGAACAGGCCAAUUGGCACAGCAAUUUGGAACGAACACUAUGGCUGCAGUAUGUGUCAGGCGUAAUACGCGCGUCCAGCGUGGUCGCGCGCGCUGUGGCCGGGGGCAGGCCAGUUCUGGUGCAUUGUUCCGAUGGAUGGGACCGCACGCCCCAGAUCGUGGCCGCUGCCCAACUCAUACUGGACCCAUAUUACAGAACUUUAGAGGGCUUCCGUACACUGAUCGAGCGCGAAUGGCUGGACUUCGGUCACAAGUUCGCGGACCGGUGUGGUCACCAGUUUGGCCCCGAAGAUCCCAACGAAAGAUCUCCAAUCUUCCUGCAGUGGCUUGACGUAGUCCAUCAGAUGAUGCUGCAAUUCCCUUGCAGUUUUGAGUUCAACGAAGCAUAUCUGAUAAAACUGGGAACGCACGUGCACUCGUGCAUGUUCGGCACGUUCCUAUGCAACACAGGGCUAGAACGCAUCGAGUGCCGAGCGCACGACCUCACGCCUCACGUCUGGCAUCUACUGCGGGCGCCCGCCUACAGGAACCAUCUUUACUCGCCGCAUCAACUCGACCAGCAAGCAAUAUGGCCGGAAUACUCGGUGCGGACUAUGUGCGUGUGGAGCGGGAUGUUCUGCGAGAGUCCGCGCGACGAGCCGCGCACCGAGCACAGGCCCGACCUGCCGCCGCAACAACUACAUACUGCACAACCACAUAAUGGUCUGAUGACUAAAACGAGAUCAUGUGACAACCUACUGAAUGAGGGCGAGCGUACUGAGCGAACGACACAGAGGCGAUCUAGUGAUCCCAGCCUCGCAGCUGAUGUUAUGAAACUGUCGAUGGUAGUGGGAGGCGAGUGUGAGAACAAACGCGAGUGUCGCGCCGCGCUCACUGACAGCUGCGUCGACGAGCUGCCCGUACUGCCCGUCCCAGCCGACUCCGGGCCCGACACGGUGGAUGGUCUACAUCCAGACCAUUUUGAGAACAGCACUCGUCUUCCUCGCGACAUCGCCAGUGGAUCAUCUUCAUUAGAACGAGAGCUAGGCGGUGCCGCAGACCUUUCCGACAAAAUUAUACCCGAUCAAGUCAUAGACCAUACAGAAGAUUUGACCACGUCAGACAAUAGCCAAGUUAAUGGUACUGCGGAAAGCGUCUCUGACGUCGCAGCUAGCGUCGCCUCGCCUGACGUCGACACCCCCGAAGAACCACCCGUGUUCGUCUGUGAUACUUACUCCGAUGUCAUCGGGAUGGCUGAGGCUGCUAGAGAAUCAGCUCGCACGAGAAACAUUAGCAUAACCUGGCGCUCCGUAUCGGAGUCUAGCAACCAGUCUUCCACCGGUUUUGAGAUCAACGAGGCUCGAGCAGAACCACCAGCUUCUAGAAACACGUCCCACGAUUCCUCGCCAAUGGACAAUCACACUACUGAAGAUAGGACGAACCACAACGUGGUGACUGAAGACCAUACAACAGAGAUUGGUGUAACCAACGGAACAGUGAACGGAAUCGAUGACGUUGGGACGAAGUUUUUAGAAGUUGAUCUAAAUGGAGGAGCGACAUCAAGCAGCAUUAGUUCAGAGAGUGAGGGCGAGGCACACACACAGCCACGGCGGACUGCACACACACAUACACGCACCCGUGUGGCCAGUCAGCUCACUCUAUGUCCAACAUCACCACGCCGAAUUGCUUGUUGCCACUGCUCCAGACGAGCUAGUAAUACCAGUGGAAUCGAGACAUCGGGUGAGUCAGGCGGCAGCUCGGAGAUAUGUUGGUGCGGCGUGUGCGGCGGCGCGCUGGGCGGCGCGCGCGUGCGCUGCGUGUGCGGCGCCCCCGCGCCCGCCGCCGCCGCGCCCGCCGCGCAGCGCGCAGACCCCGUCGACGGCCUGCCGCCCGCCCUCGACCCGCUGCAAGCCCGUCUCCAUCAGAUCAUACUCUAUCAAAAGAAAGUAGUGGAGGAACUAAGCGGCCAAUUACGCGAAGCGCGCGAAGCAUUGCGUCUGUCAUCGCCACCCGCACCCGCCCCGCCCCCAGUACCACCAGCCGCCACGCCUACGCAAAAAACGAGCAGUGGUAGUGGGUCGGUGCGCGGCAGCGGCAGUAGCAGUGGCAGCGCGUCCGAAGUAGAGGUGGGCGAGGAGGCGCGCGGCGUCGUCUGGCUGCCCGACAGCGCCGUCCCGCGCUGCCAGUACUGUAGGAACCACUUCUGGCUCGCCAGGCGGCGUCACCACUGCAGACGGUGCGGUGGCAUCUUCUGCGGGUCAUGCUCGGAGAUGUCGUCGUGGGGCGACUGCGGCAGCAUGCGCGUGUGCCGCCGCUGCCGUGCGCUGCGGUGACUGGGCGCCUGGUACCGGGCCGGCCGCGCGCCGACCUCCUCCCGCCUCUGCCGCCCGUCUACAUACAUUAGCGUUCCUAUAACAAUACAGAAGCAAUACAAAACUAUAGUUACGUCUAAACAGUUUUACGUUAAAUAACUAGUCAAGCCGCUUCGAUAACUAGCUUGUGAAACGUUUUCAAAACGCUAUUUAUCUACGAACUGUGUAUGAGAAUUAUAAUUGAUUGUCAUCUUUAUUUUCAUUAAUAUCACCAUGACAUUAUUGUUUCAUUGAAUGUGCUAACGACAUUUACCGACCGUAGUCCGAACAGUUGGGUGGGGAGUGACGUGUAACGUGAAGUGGGACGAUCUAGUCUGUCGAGGUGUGUGGGCGUUGUAUGGCAGGUCGCGGUAAUGUAGUUAGGAAAUGGUAUAGUGAAUUGUUACGCGAAGGCUGACUUUCUACGAUUAAUAUUUAAACUUUUUUCUACGACUGUUUUUUUCGGUCUGUAUAAAUAAAUUCACUAAAUGUAUUUUUUCUUUUCGAUUCUUUUUUGUUAUGUUUUGUUAGUCGAGACAGCGAUGGUUGUACCCUGGCCCAACAGGUGUGAAUACACUCACGUAACACUUUGUAUAAACUUGUUUUUUUUUUCUUUUUAUUUUGUAUUAUAGUGUUUCGUUUGUUCUAUAAUUAUUUUUGUACAGUAAGGUACUUUGUUUCACACUUGGUCAGACACUGCGACUUCCCCGGCCGACUGUCUGGCUCGCUGGUCCGCGUGGCUCGGCUCGGCUCGGGGAUCAAUAGCCUUAAAUAAGACUUAAUUUGUAUAUUCGACAUUUUCCAUUAAUUUCAAAUGUAUAAGAUACAUUUCUUUGUACUAAUUAAUAUUCGACUGAAUUCGCUUAUGGAUAAGAAUAGAUGUCUAUAUUGGACAUAUUGAUUUAUAAAAUCCAUUCUAAGCUUUAUGGUUAUGUUGAUACAUUUAUAUUGUGGACUAAAUUUUCACCUAAUUUCGUAGAGUAGAGCGUCAGAGUUCUGUAUUUUAUUUGUGAUAUUGUGAUGAUAAUUUUGUAUAAUGAUUAAGAGUUUAAUAACAUGUUGUUAGAGGUUAAAUUUUACAGGUGAUUACUUUAACCCUCGCGGUGCGUUGAUUUUGCUGUUGUUGCAACGAUUGCCGUGUACGUAGGACCAUCCCGCGAUUCCUGUCCCGGGUCUCGCGCGCCCAACGCCGCGGCGACGAGCGGACAGAUAACUAAACAGCCUUAUACAACUUUCCAAGACAAUUUCAACCCUCUCUUCUAUACCAUAGCUGUUACUUUUCUUCAAACGUUUUUAUACAAACUUCGUACUGUAUCCGCUCCGUCGCCGAUGGUCGCGCGACAGCAAAUCUGCUUCGUAUAUAAAUAAAAUGAUUUUGUAAUUUAUUCGUAAACUGAGGGGAUUGUUGUUAACUGCAUAUAUUUUAUAUUGUAAAGGAAAAGCUCGGAGUAACGUGUAAGUAUUGUCGAAGUGCAAAACUUGUUUGUGACCAAUGAAUAUUGACACGAUGUGAAAUAAAGCAUAUUUAGUUUUAUGA